UGGACAGCGCCGGGCGGGUGUUGGCAGGAUGGCCUCAGAUGACUCACUUCUCCCUCACACCCUACGCUGCUUCCUGCAGAAGUGUUUUCGUGCCCUCCAGGAGCAGCAUGAAACCUGGAAGACUGCACUGGCUGCGUGUACGUCUCUUCUGGGUUCUCUGAGCAACCUGGCAGAGCAGAUGCAGGCAUCCCAAAAAGUGGCCUUUGCCAACACUCCACUGCGAGACUUCCCAAGUCUGCCAGAGAGACUUAGAUGCCGCCAGCAAUGUGCAGCGGAAGCUUUGAUGGAAGAGCUAUGGGGAAAACUACUUGACCUGCAGAAAGUGCGGGAUACAGUUGGCGUUCACGUAGCCUCUAUUUUCCAGCUCUAUGAGCAGCAAGAAGGCCUGUGCCAGGAGAGUGCUUUCCAGCGCUCUGUGCUUUGCCCAUCAUUGGCAGAUAUGCUAGAGUGGCUGCUGGACAUGGAAGCUUUUUAUCACAGCAUCUGCCUGGAGGUCAAGAUGCUGUUUCUCCAGGUCACAUAUGAAGACUUGCCCAAGAUGCAGACUCUUCCACAGGCCUGGGAGCAGGUGCUGCAGCACAGCCUCCAAAACAUGGUUGAAGAUGUGAUACUGAAGGUCUCCUUCUUCCUGGAAGCCGGCUGAGGAUCUGCCCCUGCAGUGUGGCCCCAGAAGCUCUCACACCACUUUGCACUGGGCUUUCCCACCAAGCCUGGAUCCGUAGGCCGGUGACAUGGCUGGGAGUGAGCAGCCUUUGAAAAGGGGCAGCAGUUGUGGGCUGCUGCCAUUGGGCUCCUCGCCACCAUUUGAGGUGUGGUGGGGAGGCUCUCUGCGUGAAUAAAAACUGAUGAUGUGCCCUUGAAUGUUGAAGUAGUUCUUCCCCAUCUGUGACUCCAAA